AUGUCGAAAAGAAAAGUGCUUUUGAUGGGUAAGAGUGGCUCGGGUAAGACAUCGAUGCGCUCGAUAAUAUUCGCGAAUUAUAUCGCUCGUGACACCAGUCGUUUGGGACCGACAAUGGAAGUGGAACAUGCACAUGUCAGGUUUCUGGGAAAUUUGGUGCUUCAUCUGUGGGAUUGUGGUGGACAGGAGGCGUUCAUGGAGAAUUAUUUAGCAUCACAAAAAGAUCAAAUCUUUAAAAAUGUUCAGGUGCUAAUCUACGUAUUCGACGUUGAAAGUCGUGAGUUGGAAAAAGACUAUCGCUAUUAUCAGUCGUGUUUGGAAGCGUUACUUCACAAUUCACCAAAUGCGAAAGUUUUUUGCCUCAUUCAUAAAAUGGAUCUUGUCUCGGAGGAACAUCGAGAUCAAGUGAGUAGUGCCAGCAGUAAAUUUCUAUCUUUAAUUCUCCUUUUUUCUCAGUAUAUUUUCGUAUUCGAAGAGAAAGAACGUGACAUAUUAGCGCGUUCACAAAUUGAAGCCGAUAAAUUCAAUCGAACAAACGCUGUAUGCCAAUGCUUCCGUUCAUCAAUUUGGGAUGAAACGUUAUACAAGGUAAUAUGA